GGGAAGAUGUUCACAAAGAAGCCGGACCCUCAUGAGGAAGCCAUGUAUAUCCUGAAAGACCAGAUGGCCAACCCACCACCACAGAAGUCUUUCUCUCCGGCGGCGCCUCGGAAACCAAAGGAGGAGGGUGGAUCCAAAGUCACCAAGGCAACAAAAUCCCGCCCACCUGCCCUAGCCGACUCCCACAGCAGCCCCCUCCCUUCACCAGUGGCCAGAGAGUUGCCUGUAGAGGAAGAGACCAGCCAGACCCAGCUACACCACAGGAGCAGUGAAGACCACUACACUUACACUAACACACCCUGGAAGAUUUACCUGAGGAAAGAGGUGUUCUACCCUAAAGACAACUUCAACACUCCUCUGUUGCUGGAGCUGCUGUUCAGACAGAUAGUCCAUGACACCUUCUCAGAGGCCUGCAUCCGCAUCACUCAGGAGGAGAGGACCAAGAUGAAGGCUCUGAAACCCACCAACCAUUAG